AUGCACCCGGGCGAUUCGAUGCGCUCUCUCAACACAAGUCAGAUUCUGGAUGUGGACAAUGCACUCAGUGACUUCUACUACGCCUCAUUCUACCGCACUAUGCUCGCGAUGAGCUUUUUCAUGGGUGUCUUUCUCAGUAUCACAUUAGUCGGGAUCGCGUGGUCCUGGACAAACAGGACCCAUAUUCAAGACCCGAAGAGGCGUCGACGGGCGACGAUUGUUCUCAGUGCCACGGGCUUGCUCGUGGUAGCACUGCUUUGUAUCUGGGUGACGGAUCUUCAGGCACAGUUUGCCCUGAUCAGCAACGGAGGACUAUUCUUGCCGCCCGGCCAGAUCAGUGACCCUGGUAUCAACAGCAUCAGUCUUGUACGAUACCUGACAUAUCGAGAAGUCUCUAUCAAUAUACCUGUGCACACAAUGCAGACGACUCUCCUUGGCGUAUCAACAACCUUGACGUUCCUGAUGGUCUAUGUCGUCCAUCUUCAGCGGCAGUCAGGUCUGGGACUCGUGGGGGUGACCAUCCCCACGCUUUGUGUAGCGAUGUACCUAUCGGCAAUGGGUUACUGGAUCGUCGGGACAGUCUUCACGGCUAGGCAAAUAUCAUAUGCCGCCUCCGAUGGGAACUUCCUGUCCGCUUCUCCCAGCUCACCCAUGUCGUUACGAGUCGACGUAACCCUCUCUUCGACGUUCUUCUCGCUCAACGUGAUCUUGAGCGACGUCGUCGUCUUUUGGCGCAUGUGGGUCGUUUGGAGUAAGCGCCGGAUACUCCUGGUAGUGUCUGCUGUUUUUGUGCUCGCUACUACAGUCCUAUGUAUUGGAAACAUAUUUGUGGAACAAGCCAUAUUCACGUCUCCUGACUGGGUCCGAGCAUUGAGUACCUCACGGGACAGCCUAGAGCUUUCUUUCGGCGCGAAUGCCUUCGGACUUGCGGCUUUGUUUACGUCGCUGUCUUCCAAUGUCCUCGCCACUGCUCUUAUCGGGAUAAAAACUUGGCAGCACAGGCGACUCGUUAUGAGCAACAUUGUCGGUCACAAGCGCCGAACAGUGGCAGAGCGUGUUCUGGUGCUUCUUGUAGAGUCGGGUGCACUCUACAUUGGCAUAUGGGUCUUCUAUAGCACGACUAUACUCGUACCUAAACUGUCCGCUCCGGAUGGUUAUCAGCUCGCCUUCUCAAGCCACUGGACACCGCCGGCCGAGGGCUUCAUUCAAUCAUCUGUACCGCAACUUACGGUCAUAUAUCCGAUGAUCAUCUUGAUCCUGGUCGCGCUUGACAAAACGCGAUCCGACCAUCAUUUUGCAUACAACGCGCCGACACCUCGAGAUCCAUCGCUUCAGGCAGUAGUCGUCAGCUUCGACGUUGCUGUCGAGCGCUCUGAACAUGACAUCUCAUACCCUUCUGAAACGGAUGUGAGCAUGUUCGGAGGAACAAGGGAAGUAUCAAAGCACCCUCUUACAAAAGUCGCCCCUUCUGUGGUUGACCCUGCAAUCGUGUAG